AUGGACGAUGGCUCUGCGAGUGCCGCCAGCAAGGAGAAGAACGGCAACGAGGGCGACGACGAGGGUGGAACCGAAGACGAGUACUACUACGACGACGAUGACGACGGAGAGGAAGAGGAGAAGCGUCGGCUGCGAUCAGGCCCACAGACGCCAAACAUCAGCGAGAGCGCGAAGCAGCUGCGACGGAGCCUCAGCGUCCAGGCGCUCCAAGAUCUGGCCCACAUGCCCCCAGGGCAGCUGCGCAAGAGCGUCGGGCAAAAGAUCUGGAGGCCCCAGGACGAGGAGGCACGCAUCCCGGGCGACUGGGAGAGGCUCGCCGUCCACGUCUUUCGCGGCGGCAUGCGGGGGUUCAACCUGGCCUUUAUGCUCCGAGGAAGCGUCAUGCUCGUCUUUGCCCUCAUCCGCGCCAUCCGCACCAAAAAGGUCAAGGGCAACGCCUUUGUGCUCGCUCUCUUUGGCGCGGACAACAUCCGGUUCAGCCUCAUGUUUGCCUCGUGGACGGCGCUGUACAAGGCCACGCAGAACUCGCUCCGGCUUCUCACGCCGCUUCCCCCACCAAAGAACCGGUCAUCGAGGUCCAACCAGCCGGGCAGCGGCAACACGAGCGGCGAGGAGCUGGGAUCGGGCACGGGUGCAGCGACGCCUGGCGCGGCGACGCCAAAGAGCGGCCUCACCGAGCUCGAAGGCAAGAGCGGGCGUGAAAAGGCGAUGAUCAAGGCGAAGCAGAAGCGGCGCGCAUUCAUGAAGGAUCCCCGAAGCAGAGUCUGGCACGCUUACGUGGCCGGCGCCGUCAGCGGCUUGGCCAUCCUGGUCGAGAAGAAGGACAGCCGGAUCAGCCUGGCACAGCAGCUCCUCGUCCGUGGCUUCGAGGGCUUCUACAACCUUGCCCACGCACGGGGCCUCAUUACCAUCCCCCACGGCGCUGUCCUCACCUUUGGCUUGGCAUGCGGCCAGAUCAUGUACGCCUGGCUCAACCAGCCCCACACGCUCCCGCGCUCCUACAUCUCGUGGAUCACCCAGGCCAGCCAGGUUGCGCCCCCGGCCACCGACAUCCACCGAGAUGCGCAGUACUCGAGCGUGGCAAAGGCGGAAAAGGCCCUGCAGUACUUUCCCGAUGGCACCAUCCCUUCGCCAAUCAAGACUUCGAGCGGCAAGCUACGCUACCCCAACGUACCGCCAAGCAAGAACAACCGUCGCGGCAUCACGGGCAAGAAUGUCGCGGGCAUCGUCGAGUGGAUGAAGCGUGCCGAUGCGGGCGAAGAGUUCAGGACCAUUCCCUGCGAGCUGGUGCACCCUUGGGAGAACAGCCACCUGUGGAGUCCCGUCGAUCGCUUCCUCGAGGUGACGCGGUGGAUCCUGCCCGUGUACGCGACGCUGCACUUUGUGCCCGCCGUCUUUCUGCGGAUGCGUGCCUUCCGCAAGGACCCCAUCCGUGUCUUUUUGCGCUCCCUCUUUGGCUCCGUCCGCUCCUCGUCGUUCCUCGGCGUCUUUGUCAUCAUCUUCCAGACAAUCUUCUGCGCCGCCCACGACGCCUAUGCAAAGAUCAUCGCCGACCCCGCUCUCUCGGCCGCAACGCCAACAUGGGUCAAGGACUUCUUGACGAGCACCGCCGUGCACUGGCUCGCCGGCUUCGCCACGUGCCUUUCCCUCUUCGUCGAGCACUCGCGACGACGGACGGAGCUGGCCAUGUACGUGCUCCCCAAGGGCAUGGAAAGCGCGUGGAGCGUCGCCCGGCAGCGCAGCUGGGUGCCCUUUGUCCCCGGCGGCGAUCUCCUGCUGACGAGCGCCGGCAUGUCGCUCGUCAUGGGAACGUAUGCGCAGAACCCCGAGCAUCUCUCGGGCCUCGUCCGCCGCGUCGUCUACCAAUUCGUCGGUAGAAACUGAUCCCCCCAUCUCACCACUCUUCCUUCCUCCACACUCUCCUUUUCUCGUCCUCUGAGGCAUGGCGCAACUUUUGCUAUUGUUUCGCUGUACCCCCGAUGGAAUUGAAACAUACACUGUCUUCUUUGUGCAAGGUAGCUCUAUGACUGAUUUUCAUUCUAUUGCUGCC